CGGGUUCUUCUCCGGUCGCUAAUCGGGACUACAAUCUUCUGGGCGUUCCAUGGUGACAUCAGCAGGCUGCCGUGUGCUGACUGACACGUACUGUUUUGUUAAAAGAAAUAGAGCAACAAAGCAGGACGGAGACAGGCCAGUGAAACCACCCCGGAGCAGAGAGAGGAGACAUUGUCCAAUUGAAAAUCUCUUCAGAGUUCACUUCCUGAUUUCACCAUGAACGUGUUUGACCGCAACAUCAACAUUGACGCGCUCCUGAAGUUCUCCCAAAUAUCUCAUUCCACCCAGGUGCACUUGAAGAAUGUGUACUCCAGCUUGGCAAUGUGUAUGUUUGUGGCAGCAGCGGGCUCCUAUGUCCAUGUUGUCACACGUCUCUUCCAGGGCGGUGUGCUGUCUGUGCUUGGCUCCCUGGGGAUGAUGUUCUGGCUCGCCAUGACACCCCACAACCCCGAGACAGAGAAGAAGAGGCUGGCCAUACUCGCAGGAUUCGCCUUCCUCACAGGAGUCGGCCUUGGACCCACACUGGACUUUGUCAUCGCUAUCAAUCCGAGCAUCAUUGUGACGGCCUUCAUGGGAACCUCUGUCAUUUUCAUCUGCUUCACUCUCAGCGCCCUCUAUGCCAAACGCCGGAGCUACCUGUUCCUCGGAGGCACACUGAUGUCUGGUCUUUCCAUCUUGUUCCUGAUGUCUCUGAUGAACAUGUUCUUUGGAUCUGUGAUGCUGUUUAAGGCUCACAUGUACCUCGGGCUGCUCAUCAUGUGUGGCUUCGUGCUGUUUGACACUCAGCUCAUCAUUGAGAAAGCAGAGAACGGAGACAAAGAUUACGUCUGGCACUGUGUGGACUUGUUCCUGGAUUUCAUCACCAUCUUCAGGAAACUGAUGGUCAUCCUGGCCAUGAAUGACAAGGAAAAGAAGAAGGAAAAGAAGUAAAGAACAUUCAGCAGCAGAAAAAAACCCCAAUCAGUUGGAAAAAAGGCACAAUUUGCAACGCACUUGGUGCUUUUCACUUUGUCUUCAUUUUUCAAAUUAACUCCUACGUGGUCUUAUAUUAUUGAAAUUUCUUUGAUUUCUUUUUCUGAAACUUACAGCGAGGGUUGAAUGUAAGUUUAUGGUUCCAGUAAUGCUAGUCCCAUGUUUGGCUGUGAAUGGAGAAUACUAACGCUGCAGUGAUCGUGCUUGGCCUGUAGAGGGCGGCGUCGCCCCGCCGAGCUAACGAAGACUCAUAUUACUGUUAAUUAGUGCCAUAAAUUAACGACAUGAUAGGCUCCUUUUUUAGUGGGUCACGUGAGCUUCUGAAACUGAUUAUCGUUUUAUGUAAUUUUUUUUUCUUUUUUCGUUGAUUUGCUAAUUUAUAGUUUUCCUCAGUUCCUCUUUAGUAGAGUGUCACGAGCUAAAAUGUCCCCUGAUUUUGGCAACAGAUUUCCCCUCUCAGAUGAUUUUCCCCUUUAAUUGUUUUGAGUGAGAGUUGUGCAGCCUGUCAGCCUCCCGAUGAUCUGCUCCAAUCACUCGCUGCUUUGGGUUUGUGGACGGCUGGAGGAGGAAGAGUCGAGGCCAUCUGUUCCCUUCAGAUUUGGAGAGCAGAGACAGGCAAGUGAUUCAGACCAACUCCCCAUGUAAAUUUCUCCAAAUAUCUGUUGUCUAGAAAUUAGUUUGCCAAAUGAUGUGAUAUUAACCCUCCGAAUUUGGCAUCAGUGCUAUUUUGUUUCUUUUUGAAAGUGUAUACUGUGAAGAAUUUAUUUUAUUGAUGUAAAACUGAAACUAAUAAUUUGAUACAUUUGCUCAAAUAAAUGUGUUGAACGUA